AUGGCGCCUUUCAUCGCGCCGCAGGCCCCGAAAGGUGGCGGACUGGACUUGGCCAAACCCUUCAACCAAACUGACCACCGCGCCUCGGUCAGAGAAGUCAACCGGCUGAUCGGAAAGAAGAGAGAGAUGGAAAUCCAGAUGACAAAUGCAAUGGAGCACCUCGGCCAGUCUAGCAACGCUCAGUCUCAGCAAGACCGGUUGCUUCAGAUGUCGGUCCGCACCAAGGCCAAGGAGAACAAGUUCAUUCGCCGACAGAGCAAGGUCUUGACCGACAGAGAGAAGCUCUUAGAAAUGGACCCCUCAGACGCUAGAGCUCACGAUGUCGAAAUCCUCAGAGCUAUGUUGUCCAAGCUCCGCGAUGGUGUUGAGACCCUGAAAACCGGGCACAAGCAGAAGUCAGACCUCGGCGGUGACAAUGCCGUCUCAUCCGUCGACUGGGAUUCUGUUAUGGGAGAUUCGGGUGACGAUAGCAUCGACCACCACAGCAAUCUCGAUAACGACCUGGGCGCCAACCCCAUUCUACCGAUUGCCAGGGACAUUGAUGCCGCCAAGGUUGACAGCCCUAAGACCGAGAAGAGAAAGCGAGUCCAUGAGGCCCCUCAGUCCUCAAAGAAGGCGAAGAAUGGACAAUCUAGCGAGGAUACCUCACAGGACUCUCUGGGUGUCUCUAUUACUGCCGAUAGUCAACUUCCUGAGGAUGUGGACAGCGUGAAGAAGGACGGCGAUGAAAAGAAGACGAAGAAGAAGCAUAAGAAGACCAAAGUCGCCUUUUCUCUCGAGGUUAAGAGUUUGAAGGGAAAAGGCAAUCAAAAGGCCGAUGUCUCCCUCAAGGACAACGAGACUCACAAGAGUAGCGACAGAGUCGAGGCCAAUAAUGACGAGGCCAAGAACAAGAAAAGGAACAAGAAGUCGCAGAAGUUCAAGUCCAAUUUCACGGCUGAGGAGAUGGGCGACAUUUUGGAGACCGAUGUCUACCAUGGCGGCUCUCAAGACCUCAACUUCGAAGAUGGCAAUGCUGACGAGAAAAUAACCGGCUCAGUCGGCCAUACCGAAACUAAGAACGAAAAGGAGAAGAAAAGGCCCAGGAAGUCCCCCGUUCUCGUCGUCGAGAUCGAGCGUGAUGAUGAAGGUGACUGCUCCAAGAACCUAACUGGCGAGAGCCCCAAGAUGGAGAAACGCGAAUCCGAACCCAUCGAUGAGGUCAAGAAGAAAAAGACGAAGAAGAGGAACAAAAAGACGAAGAAGAAUGCCAAGACCACUACGUCAGCAUUUGAUGAUAGCAUCAUCAAUGAGGCGAAGGAACGUGAUGACCUCAAGGAGUCGAAGGCUGGCCAUAGUGACGGCAAGAACUCAGAGUUCGAUGAGCCCAAGAUGGUCAAGAAAGACAAGCUAUCUGCAGAUAGCACGAUGUUGAUGAAGUCUGUCCGAGUCAUGGAUGUUGCGCAGUCUGCUGCCAACGAAGGCAAGAAGAGAGGACGGAAAUCCAAGCCCCUGGCCACCGAGACCAAUGGCCAGACCUCCAAUUUGGAGCAGAAGAAGGUCGGAAACUCAGGUAUGUCGAACUCCGAGGGCACGUCCAAAACCACUUCGACGAGCCCCACGCGCAUCGCAACCCCGAUUACCUCGGUCGCUCCAUUCCUCGAUACAGCUGGCCGCACCCCCUUGAACCCGUGGUCUCACUACGGCCCGACGUUCAGCAUCCAGAAUCCUGAGCCGAUUCGGACCUCUGCAGAAAGCAAACAGAUGCCAGAACAGGCGUCAGAUGGCCAAGUUUGGGUUCUCAACGCCAGCGGAUCGCGCAAGAAGAAGAACCGAACGGACUCUGAGACGAAAAGCGUCACCAUGACCAUUGGCAAAGUCGACGCACCGAACAAGGCCGACCAGGGCUCCCCGACGCCCCCUCCCAAGAAGGAGCGGAAGAUGAGAGGAAGACCCAAGAAGGUCAAGGAGCCUCUCCUGCCGUUAGAGUCUCGUCCCGCAAACCCCCAAGGCCAGAUGUCUGUCCCAGGCGUUCGUGCCUCUGAGGAUCUCGUCCGCCUUAUCACCCCGUCAGCUGCACUCCUUGGCAAAAGUGAGCGAUCGGCCUCGCUCAAGAAACUGCUUGCGAAGGACAAGAAAUUGCUCGCCGUGGAGGCGGACUCUUGGUUUGAAGCCAUGGGCCUGGAGCGCCGUGGUUGA